CUUUGGUGAGAGCUCCGAUAAAGACUUCUUAUGAUCAUUAUUCAGUUAAUGCCAUAACUGUAUAUGAAUUGUUUGAUGAAAUGGAUAUUUUGAAAGACGAUGGCGAGCAUGAGCUGAAAUACAAACCCGGAGGCCGAUUGGAUAUGAACCACGGCUUCCUGCACCAUAUCCGCAGGAACCAGAUUGCUAGAGAUGAUUAUGACAAAGAAGUUAAACAAGCCAAAGAGCUUCGGAGGCGGAGACACACCACAACCCCAAGAAGACCUCGCAGACCUGAUCUCCAGGUGUACCAUCCUCGACAAAAACAUGGUUCGGAGCUAGGGACUGGUGGUGCUGAUGCUGAAGAGGAAAAUGAGAGCGGGUCAAGCACGGAGGCUGAAAUCCCUGGGACUGAGCUCUUCUGGCUUGACUAUCAAGAGGACUCUGGAACCAUUACAUCCUUUCUUGUGAAAAAGGACGAUAAACCUGAGCAGGUGGUUGAGCGUGUUGCAGAGAAAAACACCCUGGAUGCAGCCAUGAGGGCAGCUUUACAAGUUCGAAUUCAAAAGGAGAUUGAAAGAAGAUGCGAUAAUCGGUGAUGAGUGUCUUCA